ACUGCUGCUGUCUGGUGAUAUGAUCAAUAAACAGCACGGUCGACAUACACUCCGCCCACGGCGGCGGGAUUGCAAAACUUCACUCUAGGCCGGGUCCCAAUCUGUACUACAGUACCAACAUCAUAAUGUCCCAGGUGUCUGGGAUUCUGGAGUUACCCUUGACGCUGUAACACACUUUGCCCAAGGUCUCACUUGAUCAUCGAUUGGGAGGCGACGGAAUGCUAGGCGGAAUUUACCAGUGUUAGGCAGCUCUUACCGCAGCUGUGAGGUGUGUAUCUAUAGGAGAAUUGGAGUAAGAUUGAAGUUGCGUGCGCAAUUGCUUCAGUUUGCUUCGUCCAUCGUCUGGAACCAGCAAUUGUGCAGCUACAAGCCACGCUGACUACUAUGCAGAUGUACAUGUGAACGCUUUGCUUACAACGUUACUGGGAAUACAGUACGCUUGGUUUGAUUUUUCAAGUCCGGCGCAGGAUUUUCGGGCGAGAACAUUGUCAUUCAUUCCAGUCCGCGGCAGCCUCCAGUGCCAGUGGAUCUGACUGCCUCCCUAGCUCCAAACCACAGCCCAGCUGUGUUUGGUACGACUCAGUGGAAGUCACCAGUCUAUAGCAGGCUGGCACCAUGGCUGCCUCUGCUAGUGAUGGAGGUAGCGAUGUCAAGCUCAAGUAUGAUAGCGGUGAGUCGGGCGAAGUAGCCGUCGGUGAUGUGGAGAUGAGUCGGUUCCGAGCAGCUCUGCCGCAGUUACCCAAAUGUCUGGCCGUGCUGUGCUUCAUGCUAAACCUGAUACCAUCAGGAUGGGGCACUCUUCUAGGAUCGGUACUGGUAAUAUGCUAUCCCAGCGCUCAGUUCUUCGGCAAGAGUCAGGCAUCCUGCAUCAACCUGGGUGUGUUCUUUCUGCAGCUACUGCUCACGCCAUUCCUGCUGGUUGGAUGGGUGUGGAGCGUCAUGUGGGGGUGUGCAAUCCUGGCCAUUUCAGAUUCGCAGCUACGUCUGGAGGAAGGGAAUUCAGACUCACCAGCGUGACGUAAUUCGAGUCCUGUCCACCAUUUCCAGGAAUGGAUACGAAGCUUCCGAUAAUUACUUCGGAGUACAUGUACAACCAUGUACAGUAUUAUUACUCCGAAGUAAUAGUUUCCUUUUAAUACAUGGACAGGUACAUCAUUGGCAGGAACUCCUUUAUAGUUAUGAGGGACAGCUGUACUCGCUAUCUCUACCAGCAAUCUACAUGUACGUGUAUAUUCUAUAACCAAGCCCGGCCGCCGAUCUGGACUUUCAGUUACAGCUAUAAUUAUGUACUGCUAUUUCUUCAGUGUGCUAGUACCUGUACACUGUACCUGUACACUGUACAUGUAGUGAGUUCUGCACGGACGAAACAGCAUUUUUUCGAUGUGUUGUGUGGAGGAUGAUAUUGAUAGUGUAGAAACUAUCUUCUAGAGAAUUGUGAAGCAUUGUUUUGGGUAAAAUCUGCUCUUUUCCCAGAGGCCAUUGAUUAUCCAUGUGAUGUCUGUAAUUCUGUAUGCAACAUGAAGGUUGGGUCGAA